CAAGUUCCCCCCCUUCUCCCUAAUUUAUUUCUUGAUUACUAUUCCCCGACCCGCCCUCAUUCUUGAGCUGUCGGUCCUUCCCAUUCCCUCUGUUUGGGGUCAUACCUCUCCUCCUGGUGGCUUUCUGUGAUACCUUGCCCCCCUCCCCCCCCAUUUUCUCGCUCCCCCUCAGAAGAGCUGUUGCCGCCUUGGUCAUCCAUGCCCGUGCUGUCUUCCACCUAAGUUGACGGCCUUCUGUUGCUUCGCUCCCCCCCAUCGGAUUUUCGAUCAACUAUUUGGUGCACAGUGUUUCUACUGAAGGGAGGCCAGCUCCUCCUGAGCUAUAAUUAUGGCUGACAACGCUCGCAACCCCGGCCUCAACCUGACCCCUGAUGAGAAACGGGUUUUCUAUCAACUCUUCCAGGCCGCCGAUACCACCAACCUCGGCGUCAUCACAGGCGAGAUUGCUGUUCCUUUCUUCGAGAAGACCCAGCUAGCCCCGGAAACCCUCGGCUUGAUAUGGCAGAUCGCAGAUAGGGAGAAUCGGGGUCUAUUGACCCCGUCUGGGUUUGGUGUCGUCAUGCGGCUGAUUGGACACGCCCAAGCAGGUCGCGCGCCGACCGAGGAACUGGCCUUUCAACCUGGACCGUUGCCGAAGUUCGAUGGUCUCGUGGUCGAUGCUACCCCAGCUCCGCGUGAAGCGGGCACCACCAGCCCUACACCGGGUGCAGGUGCGCCUAUCCGAGUUCCUCCACUGAAUCCCGACGACGUGAACAAGUUCCUGUCGCUGUUCGAGAAAUCGGAUGUGUCCAAAAGCGGGGUACUUCCAGGUGAGACAGCCAAGCAGAUUUUCGAGCGUGCGCGGUUACCAAACGAGAUCCUCGGUCGAAUCUGGAACCUGGCGGACAGGAGACAACAGGGUGCUCUUGAUGCGACUGAAUUCGUCGUUGCCAUGCAUCUCCUGACGUCCUACAAGUCGGGCGCGAUGAGGGGACUCCCUCAGACGCUGCCACCCGGUCUGUAUGAUGCUGCGGCACGCAGAGGCUCUAUCCGCUCGUCUGUGGGCUCGCGUCAGGGUCUUGAGGUUCCUCCAGUACCUGCAAUUCCGAAGCAAUUCACGGGCCCCCAGCGCACUCAGAGUCCGAUCAGUAGGCAACCAUUCGGAUCCCCUCUUUCCGCCCAGUCAACUGGCGGCGACUGGCUUGUCUCGCCUCAAGAGAAGGUCAUGUUCGACAAUAUCUUUGCAACUGUUGACACAGCCAGGACGGGAUUAAUCAGUGGUGAUCAGGCUGUUUCAUUCUUCAUGGGUGCACAGUUGCCCGAGGAGACACUCGCCCAGAUCUGGGAUCUUGCGGAUAUAGAUGCCGAUGGAAUGUUGACAAAGGAUGAAUUCGCCGUGGCCAUGUAUCUUGUCCGCCUCACACGCAGCGGAAAGGAAUCGCUGCCCCAGGCAUUGCCUCCUGCCCUGAUUCCUCCUAGCAUGCGCCGCCCUGGAUCUUCGCAUUUUGGUCCAGCAGCUCCUGCUCCCAUCCAAGCGCCAGCGCCAGCCCCAGUUCCAGCGCCAGCGCCAGCACCCGCCCCGGCUCCUGUUCCACGAUCGGCGGUCGAUGAUCUGUUUGGCCUGGAUGCGCUCUCCGCGCCGGCACCGGCACCGGCGCUGCCGGCUGCUCCUUCCCAGAUUCCACAAUCCACGGGAGGCUCCAACGCCGCCUUCCAGACCCCUGGUUCUCCGGGAUCCAGGGCGUCCCCGCAAGCUCCUUCAACAACAUUCAAGCCCUUUGUGCCAACUUCCACCUUUGGACAGAGCUUGCAGCCACAGAUGACUGGCGCUUCGUCUGGGGUCCCGCCGACCGUCCGGUCACCCCCGCCCCCAUCGGAUGAUCUUCUGGGAGACAACGACCCCGAAGAGUCGAAGAAAUUGACGCAAGAGACCACGGAGCUUGCCAAUCUGUCUAAUCAGAUUGGAUCGUUGGCAACUGAGAUGCAGAACGUUCAGACUAAGCGAGCAUCUGCCGAGCACGGUCUGUCUCAAACCUCACAGCAAAAGAGGGACUUUGAGGCUCGUCUCGCUCAAGCUCGCUCGAUGUAUGAGCAGGAAGUGAAGAACUUCAAGGCCCUUGAAGAGCGACUCAAUGCUUCGAGAGCUGAAACUAACAAACUUCAGCAAGAAUUUGCAUUGAUCGAGGGAAGCCGGCAGGAUUUACAAAAUCAGUACAAUCAAGUGUCAGCUGCUCUCAGUGCUGACCAGCAGGAAAAUGCGAGCCUGAAGGAGAAGAUCCGACAAGCCAACGCUGCGGUUGCUCAGCUCAAGCCUGCACUAGACAAGGCACGUUCAGAGGCGCGCCAACAGAAAGGGUUGGUAGCAAUUAACAAGAAGCAACUUGCAACUGUGGAUGGAGAGCGUGACAAGAUCCAGCUUGAGAUUGAUACUCUCGCCAAGGAGCAAUCCGGAGCCCCCGAGGAAAGCGCCGCCGCCCCGAGUGAUGCUGCCGCCAUUACGAGCCCAGCUGAAUCGACGACAAGUCAAAACACUAACCCGUUCUUUAAGCGGACGGCUACUGGUUCUAGUGAAACCACUGGACUGUCACCACAGAUCACAGGCGAUCAGCAGCGCGCCUUUGAUAGCCUCUUUGGUCCUGCCUUUGCGACGCCACCAGUAGCUGCUACACCACCGCCUCCAGUGUCUUUCCGGGCCGAAUCUCAGCCAACUUCUGGAGUGCCUACUCCUUCAGUAUCGCCUCCCCCAUUUACUCCCGGGUCUGCGCUGGAACCCCCGGCUCCGGCGCAGUCUAGACAAUUGACACCAGGUGUGUUGCCCUUUGGCGAGUCCCAUUCGGCGACCUCUUCGACAAUGGUCUCUCCGCCAGGAAGCAGGUUUGGUGGCCAAGAUACGCCCAGUCUAGGAAGUGCCUCGCAAACAGCGGCCAGUGAAGCGGCGGGCCCUUCGUUUGCACAGCCUGCAACCUCUCCGUUCGAUGAAGUAGAGGAGCCCAAAGAGCGUUUCCCCGAAGUCCCGGCCAUCACUGAACAACGUGCGGACGAUACUGUACCGCCUACUGGAGAUGAGAAGCCUGCCGAAAAGAAGGACCUCAGCUUCGAUGAGUUGUUCGGCGGGCCUGCACAUAAGCGAUCCAAGUCGCAAAAGGAAAACGAUUUUGAAGAGGCCUUUGCUGUUUUGAAGCAGGGCCCUGGAGCGAGCAAGACGAACGGAGCACCGGCCGUUCCCGUGUCAGAGUUCCCGCCAAUCCGCGAACUUGACGAUGGUGAUGACAGCUCCGAUAGCGAAGCGCCGAUGGGCUUCGACGACAACUUCACCCCCGUCUUUCCUCCACAGAGCCAAGUCGCCGCAGCGCCCAAACCCGAUUCUAUUGAGCCGUCUCAGCUGGCGGCGUUCCCAACUCCCGGCACCGCAACCACCCCAAGUCCCCCUGCAGCAGAGUCGCAGUCGAGCCCCCCCAACUAUGAGGAGACCGUGGGAAAGCAUGAGCCAGGAAGUAUGCCACCCGAGUUCAAUGGACUCUUGCCGAAUCGCGAAGAUCCGACAACUGCCCCAGAUGCUCCCCACUCAGUGGAGUCAAGCACAGGGGCGCCAAUAGUGGGUGGGGAGGCACAGCACGAUGGGUUGAAGGAAACCCAGGCUGCUCCCGUGGGAGCCAAAGCGGGUGCUUCCGACUUUGAGGCUGCUUUCGCAGGCCUGAACCUUGCGCCGGCGAAGGAGGCCGAAGAUGACGAGGAUGAUUUUGAAGCCCCCGAUAAUGCGAAAAAUAACAUGGAUUUCGAUUUCUCUUUCGACAGUCCAUCAACGCAGAAGAUAUCACCCAACCCAGGAGCAGAUACUGCCUCCUCGGAGUUUUUCAGCUUUGACAAGAAUACAAGCUCCUCGCCCCCCGGCUCUGCCGUAUCGCCCGCCGAGCCCAACGCAAAAGCACAGACGCACGAUUGGGAGGCAUUGUUUGCUCCUCUUGACAACGCCACUGCUGCAGCCAGCGGGACCAACGGGGCUGGCAGUGCAGAAAGCAGCAAGGAACCCGGCUGGGCUCUUCAGACAGGCACUGAAGACGACCAGAUCCUCCAGCGGUUGACUGGCAUGGGCUUUCCCAGAGAAGAAUCCCUUGAUGCUCUCGAGAAGUUUGAUUACAACAUUGACAAGGCCAUAGACCAUCUGGCUUCGAAGUCUUAAUCUGCAUCCAUAUCCUCUUUUUUUUACCAGUGCACAUAUUUACUCUCUCAUUAGCCCUUCACUCGCUCUAAAUGUUUCCUUUUCUCACUAAUCUCUCCCACUUCAUGCCUCCUUUUUUACUUUCCUUGAAUCAUGUGUGAUCCAGCUUGCAUGUCGUUAUUGCUGCAAUGUAUAUCCCUCUUCUUUCAGUGGUGUGCACUCCACAUCAAGCCAACCCCUAUUAUGACCUACCUACAUCAUUAUCGCCCCGUGUAAUAUAGGACUACCUAUUGGAUUAGUUAUGAACGAGAACGAAGUGCAGGAGGAUAACGGACUAACCAGGAACGGACGGCCAAUCGUUAGGGAGAGUGGCCGUGGACGAAUAUCUGUAUAGGCAGGCAUCGAGAAACAUGUACCUUAUAUUUCCAUGGUCUCUAACUAUUGCAUAAUUCACUUCAGUAAUGCC